UCGUGAUGGAAGGUUGUGUUCCCCUGGUGAGUGUUAUGCUCACUCCACCCACACUGCCUCACUCCAAGCACAGUAAACCCCCACUGCUUCACUCCAGGCAGAGUGAACCCACACUGCCUCACUCCAGGCACAGUAAACCCACACUGCCUCACUCCAGGCAGAGUGAACCCACACUGCCUCACUCCAGGCAGAGUGAACCCACACUGUCUUACUACAGGCAGAGUGAACCUACACAGUCUCACUCCAGGCAGAGUGAACCCACACAGCCUCACUGCAGGCAGAGUGAACCCCCAAUAACCCACAGACUAGUGCCAGGAAGGAUGACUUCUGCUAGACCUGCUGCAGCCUGUUUUCUUCCACCUGCUUCUUCACUCACUACUGCUUAUGCUGCUCUUCCCUGUUUUUAUGGACGCUGAGACACUGACACACAGUAUAGUAGACACAGCGGAGACACUGGAGGAUCUGUCACACCCUUGCACCAGAGAGUGUGCGACGGGUGACUUCAGGAUCUGUCACUACACGUUCAAGGUAGAAUGGUACAUCACUAUGAGCAAGGCUUGUUAUGAUUGUCCUUUCAAUAUAACUGACUGUUCCCGUCGUCACUGUGCUGCUGCAGAUGGGUAUGAAAGGCCUCUCGUCACGGUGAACCGAAGGCUACCCGGACCGUCCAUUCACGUAUGUGUCGGAGACGAGCUGGUAGUAGACGUUAUUAAUGAACUGGGCAGUGACUCGACCUCUAUCCACUGGCAUGGGCUACACCAGUGGGGUACCCCAUACAUGGAUGGUGUGGCCUUCCUCACCCAGUGUCCCAUCACUGCUGGCACAACCUUUAGAUACCACUUCCUGGCAGAUCAUCCAGGAACACACUACUGGCACUCUCAUUCUGGGUUCCAGCGAGCUGAUGGGAUGUUUGGGUCACUUGUCAUCCGUGAGCCACGAGAACAUGAUCCCCAGAAGCACCUCUAUGACGAAGAUGACUUCCGUCACAUGUUCGUACUUACUGACUGGCUCGAUGGUCUGGGCAUUGAGAAGUUUGUCAACCAUCAUCAUACAGAGCACGACAACAAACCUUACAACCUGCUCGUCAAUGGACGGGGAAAACAUGUCAAGUUCGCGAGAGAUGGGACAGAGGUCUACACGCCUGUCCAAGAGUUUAUUGUUAAACCGGGACGUCGCCACAGGUUCAGAGCCUUAAGUAACAGUAUUCAGAACUGUCCUAUUGUUAUUUCUGUUGACAACCACACACUUCUUCCCAUCACUACUGACGGUAGCCCCAUCCAGCCUGUGGAAGUGGAAUCACUAACUAUAUAUGGAGGGGAAAGAUGGGACUUCGUAGUGAAUGCUUCACAGAGCAUUGCAACGUACUGGAUAAGAUUCCAAGGAAUGCUGGACUGUGACGACCGCUUUAAGUCUGCCCACCAGGUGGCUGUGCUGCGAUACGAGGGAGCUGAAGGCUUCCCUGGCAGCCUCGACCAUGUCGACUACAAUUCUACUGUCCGACAAGGCUUGGCCACUGACACUACCGGAGCUGUGGAUCCAGCCAGUAACCCAACUACACAAUCAAAGCAUCAUGUUCUUAAAACCAACCUAAACACGCUGACCUGUGUGACAGCCAUGAAUGGAUGCAGACAUGGGAGCACAUAUGACACUUCAUAUAGUGUUGUUGUAACGAAUAACAACGAUACUUCUCCUAUUAACCUUAGUAACAUUAGUAUUACAUCUGAUUUCCAUGCUGAUUCUUCGCAAAAUUUAGUACAUAAAAUGAGUGGUAUUUAUUACAGCGUCUUCGCUGGUCAGAGAUAUGAAAUCAAGUCUCACGUUGGUAGCCAAUCUCUGGGAGAGGACGUCUCAGCUGCAAGAAAUAACCAGAUUGAUCACUCGGUCCCAGAGAAGCGUGGCGUCAAGUCGGGUUACUUGAGUGUGGUGUACUGGGCUAAUCACCCCUUCCACCUGCAUGGUCAUGCCUUCCAGGUUCUGGCUAUGGGUCGUCUGGGAGAGAACACUACACUGAGAAAGGUACAAGAGAUGGAUGCAGCUGGGCUGAUUGAACGUAACUUUGAUCGCCCUCCUAUCAAGGACACUGUAACCGUUCCUGAUGGUGGAUACACUAUCGUACGGUUCAUUGCUUCCAACCCAGGUUACUGGCUGUUUCACUGCCACAUCAGCUUUCACAUUGAAGUUGGCAUGGGACUUGUGUUCCACGUGGGGGACCAGACUAUGCUUCCUCCAGUGCCCAAAAACUUUCCCCGUUGUGGCCACUGGACCCCGGACCCCGACCCAAAUUUUAAGUCGAACCUCGUCAAGUACUACAAGACACUAAAUGAGGGAAAAAUUAGUGUCAACCUGGACCUCCUUCCCACUGAUAAUGACACACAUCCAGGACCCAGUUACUCCACACCCACACAUAAGACUCCUCACCAUUCUUCAACGAACUCAGUACCUGGACAAACCAGUGACUCAAGUCGAAAUAACUUAGUUGCUUCGUGUCUAAUCAUUUUGAUGAUUUAUAUGAAUGUUUCUAUGUAAACAAAAGCAAGAAUUUCCGCUAAAAAAAGACAAUUUUAAUUCAAGGAAAAAUCUGAAUAACUCUGUCCACAGUAUUUUUUUUUAAUAAAGACGCUUUUGUAUACUAGCAUUAGACAACAGACUGAGGAGUCUUUUGUUGAACUACGAGAUAUUGUACUGAAAUGUGCUGUAAUACGUCAAUUAAACGUCAAGUACUGUACUACGAUGUAUUUUGUGUGUACUUCAACUCAUUUACUGAGUCAUGCGCCAACUGCCUGGCUCAUGAGCCAUGCGUCAACCUACUCGGCGCCUUGCCAUGCAUCAACCUGCCUGAGCUAUGCGUCACAUGCUUAGCUCCUGAGCCAUGCGUGACCUGCCUGGCUCAUGAGCCAUGUAUGAACCUACCUGGCUCUUGAGCCAUGCGUCAUCUAUCUAGCUCCUGAGCCAUGCAUCACCUGCAUGAGUCAUGCGUCACCUGCCUGGCUCCUGAGCCAUGCGCCACAUGCCUGGCUUCUGAGCCAUGCAUCAACUUAUCUGGCUCCUGAGCCAUACGUCACCUGCCUGGCUUCUGAGCCAUGCCUCACCUGCCUGGCUCCUGAGCCAUGUGGACUCUUCACCUGCAUCAUUACAGUGUCAUGUGGACUCUUCACCUGCAUCA